GUUUCCUGCGGGAGAGACGGGCCUCCUUGGGAUCAGAGGACAAGCAUUGGCAAGGCUUCGCUUAUGUGGAUUAAAACUGCCAGAAUUGCCAGCCAUCCUGCUUUUUAAGGUGUGUGCCUUGGGGAUUCUGGGAGUUGAAGUCCUGCAACUGCAUCGCACCAGGGUCGCUCUUGCUGUAGCCAAGGCCGGGAACCGACCGCAGGAGGCGCCCUGGCUUUGAAGGCCGCCGUUCGGCCUGGAGGUGGAAGAGGCGAGCAGUGCGCAUGCUCCCCGCUGGCUCGAUGUUGACUUCCUUCUGGUUGGGCGGGACCACGGAACAAACGCGUGGCCGGGGGUGGGGCCAAGCCCAGAAACCAACACAAUAAACAGGGCGGGGCGCCUGGGGGCAUUGACCAAUCCGAAGGCCGAAGGGAGUUUCGGGACCCGUGCGGACCUAUGACAGCCGCCACGGGAUGUUGCUCCGCCGUGGCUGGCCAAUGAGGCUUCCCUUUGCAGGCAAAGCAGAAUAGCGACGGAACCGUCGAAGGAAACGUCAUCCCGGGGCUCGUCCAAUCAAUCGGUACGAUUAUCGCGAUGAAGCGCCUCCCAGCGACCGAGCCGAUGCCCGGACCAAAGGAGGGGGCGGAGCUGGUGGUGUUUUCUGUUCCGCUUAGGGCCAAUGAGAGAAACGGGAAAGCGGAAGCAGCGCCGGCCGCCCAAUCGCGGCCGCGCUUGGGCGGGGAGCGGGUUGGCCUGCGGUCGCAGGGGGCGGGCUUGGCCGCGUCGAGUCUGUCAGGCUGAGGUGGGGUAAACAGAGGCGGCGGCGGCGGCGGCGGCGGCGUUGCGGGGAAGCGAGAGGACGAGCCGGCUAAGCCGGCAAAAUGGCGGCCGCCGCGCAGGUGUGCGAGAACAUCCAGAUGCUGCUGGAGGCGGCCGAGUUCCUGGAGCGCCGCGAGCGAGAAGCCGAGCACGGCUACGCUUCCCUGCUGCCCUUCAGCGCCAAGGAGAGGGAGGCCUUCAAGCGGAGGAGCCGGCCCAAGAAAGGCGGCGGCGGCGGCGGCGGCAGCAGAUCCACACAUAAUGAAAUGGAGAAGAAUAGGCGUGCCCAUCUGCGAUUGUGUCUGGAGAAGCUUAAAGGGAUGGUGCCUCUCGGGCCAGAGUCCAGUAGACAUACUACACUGAGUUUACUUACAAAAGCUAAAUUGCACAUAAAGAAACUUGAAGAUUAUGACAGGAAAGCAGUACACCAAAUAGAUCAGUUGCAGCGAGAACAGCGGCAUCUGAAGAGGCAGCUGGAGAAACUGGGCAUUGAACGCACACGGAUGGACAGCCUGGGGUCCACCGUGUCCUCCGAACGGUCAGAUUCAGACAGAGAAAUUGAUGUGGACGUGGAGAGCACCGACUAUCUCACCGGGGACCUCGACUGGAGCAGCAGCAGCAGCAGCAGCGGCCCCCCGAGCGAUUCUGACGAGAGGGGCAGCUUGCAGAGCGUCUGCAGCGACGAGGGCUAUUCGAGCGCUGGCAUUCAGAGAAUAAAGGCACAGAACCAUCUUAAGGCCUGCCUCAGCCUAUAAGGAGCCAGUAGCCUCCCCUCCCCUGCCCUGCCCACUGCUCUUUCCUUCUGGGAUUUCGCUAGGUAGUAUGUGGGGCUGCUCCACAAUUCUCUUGCACGUAAACUUCUUGUACCAUCGACAUCACCAAAAUCUGCUUUGCCUAAGUCUGAAAACAGUGCAUAGUGUUGUGGGUUACAGGUUCCUCCCUGGCGCGCACUUCUGAUGGCGCCCCCUAGCUUCUCUUUCCUAACCGUAAAUUCAUCUCUGCGCGACUGAACAUUCCAGCCAGAAUUCUUAGCAGCCCCCGGAAUACGGCUGCGGUAACAGCCACAUCCGUGUUUGGGGCCUGGGCUGCAGUUCAUAUUCUGGGUGAAGGUAGGAGGGCCCAGGGUGACGUAGAUAAAGCCAGACGAGUCGUCAGGCACGGCCACUGUAAAAGGAACCCUACUUUUUUUGGCAUUCGUUGUAUCCCAGCGGCAGGCAGAGGUUAAAAAUGACACGAGAGGCUUGGAAGAAGAACAUGGGCUGGUUAGGGAAUUGUGCAGUGAAUCUUUCCAGUCACUGUUAAAAAAAUUAUUCUGAAAAGUCCCCAGUCAUUCUAGUAAUAAAGUAGCCAACCCUGAGGUUGGGAAUAGGAUUGAGAAAGGUGUCUAAGAGACUCAGUUUGGCAGAAGAAGGGCCGGCCGAGCGGGAUUGUACUGGGGAGGGUUUCCCCUUGGAGCUGCCUCUCCGGGUAGGACCUCAAUAUUUUCACGUCAGAUGACCAAAUACGACCCUUGGGGCAUCUUGAUGAUGUCGUCUUUGCAUCGAUAGCUGCCUGUUCCUUUGGUUGCCAGCAGCUCCCCGGGCUCUGCUGAGUCUCCCUUUUUGUCUCUGGGACAAUUUUUUCUACCUCAGAGAGAUGAACAAAGCUGAUCUCAACCCCUUUAGCACAAGUGAAUUAGGAUGCCUCGUUUGUAUACUUGGUACUAGUCCGACCUGUUUCCUUAAGAAUUCAGCAAUAACUGAGUGACGAAGUUAGCUGCGCUAGCUUUCCCUGAAUGGCUGAGGCGAUUUCCUCCGAGGAAUUCCAUGGCUGCCCUCUUGGCAUCCUAGCACUUCUUUUCCCCAGUGACAUCCUUUGGGAGGCCGCCCAGUGCGCCCUGUGUGUGGUUUUGGUUUGGAUGUGGGAUGUUGGGCUGCUGUUUCUCUGC